CAAGUAUAUUUCAGUUUUCUAAACAAAACAUACUGGAAUAAAGGAGGUAGAAGCAGUCAAGAACAAGCUGUACCGGAAUGUGGAAUACAUCAAACAACAAGUAGACAUAAACAUACCCAAUCUCCACACAAUCUCCCCAUAUUCCACUAUACAUCUGCUCUCUCAAAACUCCAAUCUCCUUCAAUUGAAUCAUUAAAAACCACAACUUCACUUCAAAAGACGAAAAGAAAUGACCACGAUAGUAAAUCACGACAACCCCAGUCCCACGGUACUCAUUCUCACAGCUUCAAUCUACAUAAACACAAAAUACCCCUUUUCCCUCCUACCUUCAACUUCCACAUGCACAGACUCUAUCUACAUAACCCAACUUCACUGACCCAGUGGCUGAUCGCACCCCAUUCUUUCGGAACCGAUCUCAUUAGAACGAAAUCAGUUCAAUAAUCACAACCAUGUAACAAAAAGAUAAUAGAGAAAUAGACGCUAGAGGGUGAAUAUCAAUAGAUCCCAACCUGACUUUAUCCCAGCUCAAGAGUUUUGAAGUCCGCCGUUCACCACU